CCGCGCGCGCCGUCGCCGCGUCCGAGUCCCGCGAGAGCUAAAAGCGCGCGACGCCAUCAUGCGCGCGAGCGUCGCUUCCGGCGCCGUCGCCGCCGCCGCGCGUCGCGCGUCGUUCCGGAAUUCCGUCGACAAUUCAGUGGCGUCCCUGCGACGACCGAAGCGCGUCGCGACGAGCGCGCGUCGACGCCGAUCGUCGACACCGCGCGCGCACCACGGACCGAUGACCAAUCUGCAGUUCACGCCGGACAGCGCGCUCGCGGGAGGGCUGAUUUUGGGGUCGAUGGUGGUGGCGAAGCGAUUGAAUUCGGGACGCAAUUUGGGCGUGAGCGGGGACACCAAGGCGUUCGCGCGAGGCGAGGGUCGAGCGACGAGCGCGGCGUUUUUGAUCGGACUGCUCGCGGCGGGAUACGCGGCACCGAUGAUUCUGGGCGCGCAGGCGGCGGUGCCGAUGGUGGACGCGACGCGAGCCAUCGCGGCGGGCGCGCUCGUCGGAGCGGGGAGCUCGCUCGGAGGCGGGUGCACGAGCGGACACGGAAUCUCUGGGAUCGGACGAUUGGACGUGCGAAGCGUGGCGUUCACGUGCGUGUUCAUGGUCGUCGGUGCGAUCACGGUCGCGGCGACGGGAACGAUGGAUGAGUUACACGUGUCGCAAGCGACGAAGACGAUCGACAUGCUCGCGCGCUCGCCCGAGGCGAAAACGAUUUUGUACGCCAAAAUUUUCGCCGCCGGUGCGGCUGUCCAAGGCGUGCUCUACGCGCUCGCUAAGCGUGAGGGCGGAGGAAUCACGGACGUCGUGAAGAAGCUCGAGCUCGUGAGCGAGUCCGUCGCCGGACUGUUUUUCGGUCUCGGUCUCGUCGUGAGCGGGAUGACGAAUCCGGCGAAAGUCGCCGGUUUUCUCGCAGUCACCACUCAAGCUUUCGAUCCGUCCUUGAUGUUCGUCAUGGGCGGCGCGCUCGCCCUCGUGGUUGUUUCUAUGUUCCUCGCGAAGAAUGCCUUGGGCGUCUCUCGUCCGGCCAUGGCGCGAGAGUUCUCGACUACUCCGAAGUACGUCGACAAGUCUGUUUUGAUCGGAGGCGCGCUCUUCGGCGCUGGCUGGGGCUUGGGCGGCGUUUGCCCCGGCCCGGGCCUCGUCAAUCUCGUUCUGAACUCCGGUCGCGAGAUCACGCUCUGGUGCGUCGCGUACUUUGCCGCGCAAGCCGUCCAACAAAAGCUCUCCUCCCAGUACUCUCUCGAAUAACCGCCGUCCCGCGGCUGCAAUACCAAACUUCACAACG